UAUGCUCUGAAGACACGGGGUGUAUGGCGUAGCAUCAUGAUCAGCAUCAUCUUUGAACUUCACCUACCUACAUGGGGGUUCAUCAUUUUCAGAAUCAUCAUCAUCACCAUCACUACCGACACCAUCGUCCAACAUAACACUUACCGCGGACAAACGGGCAGAAUGUACUACCGCCCAUACAUCUCAACACACCACCAAGACAAUAACCGCUGCAAUGUCUCCCAUAUCCUGUAUCCCCAUCCCAUUCUCCUCUCCCUCCGUAUCUCUCCGUUGCCCCUCAUCUAUCCCUUCAUCUACCUACCCACUUUUCCCCCUCACUUCCCCCGAGCCCGGAAACAAAACCUAGGCAUGACGCAGGGUAACUAUGUCAUGAUGCGCGUGUGCGGUGAUGGCAUUUACCCUUCCGUUCUUCGUUUCCUUUGCACUUUGAGGGUGGGUGGGAGUGUAUACACAUUUGUUCCCGUGGCGCGAGCCAUAUGUGAUCGGUGUGCGGUGGGGUGCUAUGCUGCUACGGACCAAAGAAAAGAAAGGGAUGGAAAAAAUCCUCCUUAUAUUACCCUAUCUUCUUCCCAUUGCCGCUCCACUUUGUCGCCGAGUGACGACGGAGAUCUCACCAGUGAGAGAAGCAGAAGUAAAGAACGCGGCAAAGAUGGACACUGUGAGUUCGUCGUUGAGAUUUUGCGUCAUUCAAUCUGCAUUCAUGAGUGGAGAUAUCAUACACCUACCGUAAUACUUCCAUCCGUGUGAGUAUCCAGAAGGAUAAACUAAGGCUAAGUAUUGUCAUUCCUGUCUAUACUCCUGUUCAUGACUGAUAGCGUUUAUCUGCUCACUCACUCUCUUCUCUGCUAUUCCUUCUUUCCCCGCUAUUGAUCACUAUAUUGACGGCAGAUAUAACUCUCUCAAACGCAACGAAACCAGGCAGUGAACCAGGUUGAAAAACAGCAGUCAAUCAAUCCGCCAAUAUUCCUCUCAUCCAUCAAGAACACACUGUCCCAAUACCAUACCAUACCAUACCACACGCCGCCCAAACCCAAACCCAAACGCAUACCCCCAAAGCGCAACGCCACAAAAUGGAAAGUGAAGACGACGACCGCUACCACACUACCACACCCCAGCCCGCGCGUGCUGCGAACAGAUGCGCAAACACCCUGCAGCAACGUAGAUCCCAUGACCUGCCCUAACCACACACCUCCUGCCUCCCCUGCCCCCAAUCACGACCCUCUACCCCCCAAGUUCCAAUCAUCGCAAUCUACUUACUUUCCCGGGUACCCUAGCAGCUGUCCUCUUCAUUUAUCGAUUACAGAAGAAACAGGAUUAGGUGCUUCCCAGGAUACUAUGAACCAAAUCUAUCCACACGGUAAUAAAACCUCGAAU